GCUGCACACGUUGUGGUUAUAUCGGGGAUGUACAAACAAGUUCUUUCGUGGCGUUUCUCGAUGUAAAAAAUUUCAAGUUUGAUGCCACAAACAGCAACACACGCUUGCUCAAUGGUUGAAUUCAAAUAAAAAUAUUGGGCAUUUUCCUUCCAUCCUGUUCUCUUCUUCUCUGUUCACGCACUUUUUCCUCCACAAUGUCCGUCCCUCUAACAAAUGACAUGCUCGGCAUGGAAUGGGACGAGAUAUUUUCACAAAUCAUCUCGUUAAUUUGUAUCAGCGUCUUAUCCAUCUUAUUCGGCGCCAAAUCCACCAUAGAAAGACUUCGACAUUUGACGUACGCUCGUUUGCUAGUGCUGUUGAUUUACAUUGCUAGUUGGGCGUUUACGACUGCGAGCACGAUAUUGGUGGCGACAAAUAAUUUCAACCAAAUAUCAUGCACCCUGUCCAUCCUCACCUGCGACGUAUUCUACGCAGGCAGUAAAAUUCUCAUCUACGCAUGGCUCAUCGAACGUAUUUGGGUCGUAGAAGCCGUGAAGACCAGACGUUUGAAAACCCCACUCUAUCGAUUCCACAUCGUUUUACUCAUGCCAUACUUUGUCAUUUUUUCACUGAUGGUUGUCUACCGUGAAAGUUAUCUGGAAGAAAAUGGUGCCUGCACCAUUGGCUUGCAACCUCCUGCUGCUGUUCCCUUGAUGGUAUACGACUUUAUCUUCAAUUUAUACAUGACGGGAUUGUUCAUUCGACCCUUGAUGCAACAUAGUGUUCAACGAGGAUUCGCGAGUGAAACCCAGCUUGAACGAUGCGAGUUGCGCGUGCUCGCCAAGCGCACCCUUGUCGCCUCAGUUGUGUGUUUGUUGGUGUCUCUAGCCAACAUUUUGAUUUUGGCCAUUCUUAAACGCGAACGCGGCCUCAUUUGUCUUACCUGCUGUACAUUCGAUGUCACAGUCAACGCUGUCACCAUUCACUUUGUGACAAACCGUAGCAGCCCUGUGCGUCAAGACAUCUUCGUCCAACCUUAUCGCGAUACCCACAUCUCCGACCGAGACACCGACAUCUUUGCUAUGGUCGACGAACACGAUUCAAGUACCAAAGCCUCUCAGCAUACCAUGCACACCAAUGACGGCGAACGUCUUAAUGAAACGUUUGCAUAUAACUCGGAUAUCCAGGAUGUAAAAUACUAGCCCAGAUUGUGUCAAUCUGUACCCUACCCACUUAUUAUAUUUCAUUUUUUGUCAAUAUCUGUAGUUUUUUCUCCCUCACAGUGCCUGUGGUUUUUGCUUUUGUACUCCUCCCCUCACCUGGUUUUUUUUUUUUACACUCCAUCUCUAGUCCUUGUUUCGCUAUACAUUUG